UCAGGCAUAAUGUAUAAGCAAAAUAGAAGUUGGAUGUAUGAUAAAAAAGCGGUAUUGUACGGAAUGCAAUCAAAUUUCCUCGAGGGAUGUGGGGAGUUUAUUAAAUUUGCACUUGAACACCCGGAUUAUAUGAGUGGUGACAAAAUCAGAUGUCUAUGUUCAAAGUGUAGAAAUCUCAAAUUUAAAGACCCAGAGGAUGUUAGGUGGGAUUUGUACGCGGAAGGUUUCGUUUCCAAUUAUUAUAAUUGGACUUGUCAUGGCGAACCUUUGGAUCCAUCUCUCGCUCCACGAAUAGUAGGUUCGUCUCGUAACGUCCCUAACGAGAUGAGUGGGUGGGGAGACCGUGAUGAAAUGAGGUGGGACCAAAUAAUGGUAUAUGAUGCAUACGGUCCAUCGAUGUCUGAGUUCAACCCCCCACAACCAUGUAACGAUCCUCCUGAAGCCUCGACAUCGUAUCAAGCAGAUGCGAAUGAAAAUCCGAUAUUUUAUCAAUCUUAUGUGGAUGAAGGUUUAGCUGAGAGAUUUCAAGGUGUUUUAAAAGCUGUCGAUCAGCCUCUGUAUGUUGAUUGUGAGGCAUACUCUCAGCUAUCCGCCGUUACAGAGUUUAUGAACAUAAAAGCUGAAUACAAUCUCCCUGAAACUUGCAUGUCCAGAGUUUUGCAGUCAGUAGGAGGAAUGCUACCGUGUGAUCAUAGUCUCCCCGAUUCAUAAUAUAUUACGAGAUGAAGCAAUUAAUAUCUAAAUUGGGGCUUCCUUGUAUCAUAACCGAUGGUAUAGAUAAUAUUUUAUGAAGUACCAUGUUGUGUAACUUAUUUCGAGGUGUAAAAUAUUUUCAGCCAAAACUUUAUAAAUAUCAGCAGAAACAGCCGAUUCAGCCAAUUCUAGUGUUACCAAAUGGGCUCUAAGAUUAUCUCAUGUUUACUAUCUGGUAAAGUGUGUGGUUCACUACAAGAAAAGUGCACAUAGACCGCACAUAGACCAAUUUUUUUU